CUUUUUUUGCUCCAUCAAUCUUGCUGGCUUUCGCUUGUGGUCUGGUUAAGGGGUCGGCCCGGGGUAGGGUUUUAGCGGGAGGAGAAUCAUGCGGUCGGCGGAGAAGGAAGGCCGCAGAGUUCGCGACUACGACGAGAGGGAGCCCAAGGAGACCGAUCGGGAGAAGAGCAGCUGGAGAUCCGAGGAGGACCGCUACCGUGACAGGGAGAAGGAGAGGGAGAGGGAGCGGGGGAGGUCUGAGGACAGAUAUAGGGACUCUCACGAGAGUCGGCAUCGCGACCGUGAGAAGAAACAUCACGAGAGGGACGGCCGGUCGGAGAGAGAGAGGGACGGCCGGUCGGAGAAAGAGAGGGACGGCCGGUCGGAGAAAGAGAGGGACGGCCGGUCGGAGAAAGAGAGGGACGGUGGGGAUGAGGACCGGCGGCGGGAUAAGUACCGGAGUUCGGAGCGUGAGGAUAAGGCCUUGCGUUCGGGUAAGGAUGAGAGGAUCCGUGGAGAAAAGGACGGGGAAAUGCGUUCCGAUCGACGGAGGUUCAGGGAUUCUGUGGACCGAGAGCGGUCGGUCGGCCGCGAUGGGUCUGUUGAGCGGAGAGAAAAGCAUCGGGUUGCCGAGGACGAGGAAGGCGUGAAAGAGAGGGAUUCCCGGUCUGGUAAGGAUGGGAGGAGGCAUAGGGACAAGGAUGGGGAGAACCAACGGAGACAUCGGCAUAGGACUAAGGAGUCGGUUGAUCGUGAGAGGUCAGUGGACACAGACCGUGAAGCAUCUGUCGACCGUGGGAAGAAGCACCGCGAUGUUGACGUUGUGUCGCAAGAUAGGGCGGCCCGCUCUGCUAAAGACUAUUCGGAUAGAGAAGAGGAUAAUCGUAGUGAUCGCCACUGGAAAAGCGAGUCGGUGGAUCGCGAAAAGCGGUCUGAGCGUGAGGAAUCCACGGAACGCCCGUCUGUGAAACGCAAGGAACAAUGGGGAGAUGAGAAAAAUGGGAAAAGGAUGAGGGUCUUGGAUGAGGAGGAGAACAAGGAGGCGGCAAAGUAUGUCGAAGUGAGUGCGAUAGAGAAGGAUGAGACUCGAGAAGAGAGGAGAAACAAGGUCGAGAAGAGGAAGUUCCAGGAUCUGAUUAAGGAGGAUAUGGAAGACGGAGCACUAUCUGCUUCAGAAACCACGGCUUUUAAGGAGCCUUUGGGCAAUAAUCUUCCAGCAAAGGGCAGCCAUUUGGCUAAUGGUGUUGAAACACAAUCAAUGACUUCAACUGGUAUGCCAAAUGAUAUGCCUGAAUCCUCUACUGGCUUUAAUCAUCCAUCCACCUCAAAGGUAUCCCCCAUUUCUACAACCCAUGAAAAUAUGGGAGUUAGUAUUACCAGAUCUCAUGAGGUUCCUGGAAAAUCCAGUACAGAUGGGACAACUUCAGCAGCUGGAAAAAGUGGAAGUCUGUCUCUUGAUGCUUUAGCGAAAGCCAAGAAGGCUUUACAGAUUCAAAAGGAGUUGUCGGAGAAGUUGAAGAAAUUGCCUCAACUCAAUAAAACUUCUAGCUUGAGCACAGCUACUGGUCCACAGACAGGGUUAGGUAAAGGAGCAGCUAAUGUUACAACAUCCAGCGUGAGUACACAUGCCUCUUCAGCAUCCACAAAUGCCGCACAGGUUACCCAUAGUCAGAGUUCAGCAAGCACCUCGACUUUGCCUGUGACUGCUCAUACUUCUCUGAAGCCAAUGGGAGGUGGUGCAGAUGCACCCAGUCUUCUUGGGCUCCCAAAUGUGGCAAACAUGGAGGCUGUAAGACGAGCGCAGGAGCUUGCAGCAAAGAUGGGAUUCCGGCAAGAUCCUGAGUUUGGUCCUCUGCUGAAUUUGUUCCCUGGGCAGAUAUCAGUUAAUAUAACUGCUCAGCAGAAACCGGCCAAGGCUCCUGUUCUGCGCCUGGAUGCUCAAGGAAGAGAAGUAGAUGAACAUGGAAAUGUCAUAAAUUUGCCAAAACUGACUAAUCUUAGUACCUUGAAGGUUAACAUAAACAAGCAGAAAAAAGAAGCAUUUCAAAUUAUCAGGCCUGAUUUAGAUGCUGAUGCAAUGUCUAACCCAUUUUAUGAUGAAAGGAUGGGUAUUAAUAAAACAAAGCUUCUGCGACCUAAGAGGAUGAGUUUCCAAUUUGUUGAGGAAGGAAAAUGGUCUAAGCAAGCAGAAAUAAUAAAAUUCAAGAGUCAAUUUGGAGAAGCACAAGCUAAAGAGUUGAAAACAAAGCAAGCUCAGCUUGCUAAGGCUAAAGCAGAACUUGAUAUAAACCCGAAUCUUAUAGAGGUGUCUGAAAGGAUACCAGUGAAGGAAGAGAAACCGAAGGAGCCCAUUCCUGAAGCUGAGUGGUGGGAUUUGCCUCUUUUGCGGUCUGGUACCUUUACUACUACUAAUGAUGAUGAUGAUGAUAUACAAAUUAAGAGAGAGAAGAUCACCAAUUACGUUGAGCAUCCUCGUCCAAUUGAGCCUCCAGCUGAACCUGCACCACCCCCACCACAGCCUUUAAAACUGACGAAGAAAGAACAGAAGAAACUAAGAACCCAGAGGCGUCUUGCUAAGGAAAAGGACAGGCAGGAGAUGAUUCGACAAGGUCUAAUUGAACCACCAAAGCCAAAGGUAAAGAUGAGCAACCUUAUGAAAGUUCUUGGGACUGAAGCUACACAAGAUCCCACGAGGUUGGAAAAGGAAAUUCGUGCUGCUGCAGCUGAGCGUGAACAAGCUCAUGUUGACAGAAAUAUUGCUCGCAAGUUGACUCCUGCUGAACGUCGUGAGAAGAAGGAAAAAAAACUGUUUGAUGAAAAUAUGUUGGAGACAAUUGUCUCUGUUUACAAGAUUAAUGACUUAUCACACCCCCAAACUCGUUUCAAGGUUGAUGUAAAUGCUCAAGAAAACAGACUCACCGGCUGUGCUGUGAUGACAGAAGGAAUGAGUGUAGUGGUUGUUGAAGGUGGUGCCAAGCCCAUCAAACGGUAUGGAAAGUUGAUGCUAAGGCGCAUAAAUUGGGCUGCUGCUGUGGUUAAUGAAGAUGAGAAUGAAGAGAAUGAGAACACCCCGAUUAAUCAAUGUGUGCUAGUGUGGCAGGGUAGUGUUGCAAAGUCGAGUUUCAAUAGGUUCAUUGUUCACCAGUGCCGAACUGAAGCUGCUGCCAGGAAAGUGUUCUCUGAUGCUGGGGUUGCUCAUUAUUGGGAUCUUGCCGUAAACUUCUCUGAUGAACAGAUCUGAGUCGUGAGACUAUAUUUCAUCCUAGAAACUCCUAUUGUUUGCAUCUAGAGGCAGUUAAGGUCCGUUUAUGCCUGUAUAUCCGACGAUCUGGAGAACCGAUUCAAAUUGUUUUUGCUGGUAGUACUCCUGAUCUUGCAGAAGAAAUAGCAAAGACUGGGAGACCUGCUGAUUUUGAACAAAGUUGUUCUUGAGUUGGCCAGUAUUGUUAAAAAAAAAACUCUAUGAUCAUUUUGCACACUUGAUCGGAUUAAUGUUGUCCUAAUGAUAUGCCUGUAUGCGAGCUUGUAGAGAUCUUCUGUGUGCAUUGCUCUGCCAGCGAAGUACUUCACGUGAGAAUUAUAUGUAAGAGACCAUUACUUUCUUAUUUUCUGCUGUAAAUUGUGUUUAUUAGUACUCACAAAACUCCAGGUA